AUGGAGCCCAAACCGCCUUCGUCCCAGGACGAUCCGCCACCCCCAUCCACCGCGACGACCCUGGAUCAAUCCCAUUAUGCGCUGUCCGAUUCUUUGAACCGCCUGACUCUGGCCAAUGCCGCUGCCACCCCUCUACCUGCGUCGCCGUCCCUGUUAUCUCCUCGCGAUGGCCCGCCGUUGCGUCUGCCUGCUGCGAGUAGCCACCACCAGACCCCCCGACGGACCCCCAGCUCCAGCUCCCUGCGCGACGAACGGCGCAAGUCUACCCCCGCUCUGCAGAAGCGUGCGUCCGCCGCCUCGUUGCGAUCCGCUCAGAACAACGCCUCGCCGCGCCACUCGUCUGCCAACUUUGCGGGGUCCCCGACCUCCACCGCGUCGCCCGCCAUGUUUCCUCAGAGACUCGCGCCGGAGCAUACAGGCCCAACCGCCGCGUCGAUUGCUGCCGAACAUUUCCAGAGAGAGGUCGAUUUACACCAGGCCGUAGAUCUGCGGUCCAAGACCGUUGUGGUGGUCCAUGACGCCUGCUACGGCCACCGCUUUUCGCGCCCACGCGCAAAGCGGGCCGACUUGGCGUCUAUUGUAGAGAGACCAGAGCGCAUGCGCGCUUGUGUUUUGGGUGUAUCUGCCGCCUAUGUUCGUCUCGGUGGUAGACAUGCUGGUGAGCGGUUCGCGCCUCACCCAGAUCUAGACCUCCAUGGCUUGCCUACACCUUUCCAGAUUCGCAAAACAGCCAGGUUUCUGACCCUCUCUGACCCGGCCGUGACGAAUGUCCAUGGUGCGCAAUGGAUGGCAGAUCUGAAAAGCAUGUGCGAUGUGGCGGAACCGCGUCUUGCGCUGACCGGCAAGGAACUCGUUCGCCCGGAGACACAGGGCAACGAUGGCUUGGAGCCCAGCAGUCGCCCUACGCUCCACUCGGGAGAUCUGUACCUAUGCUCGGAGUCCUUGAAUGCUUUGCAAGGCGCCCUGGGUGGUGUUUGCGAUGGCGUGGAUGCUGUUCUUGGGCCCGGUCCGACCUCCCGUGCCUUCGUUUGCAUCCGUCCUCCGGGACACCACUGUUCUGCCGACUUCCCCUCGGGCUUUUGCUGGAUCAACAAUGUCCACGUCGGAAUUUCAUAUGGGGCGAUGUACCACGGUUUGACUCAUGCUGCCAUCUUGGAUUUCGACCUUCACCAUGGAGACGGCUCACAGGAAAUUACAUGGGCUCACAACUACAAGGCUUCAACGGCCCCUCGCAACGUCGCCCCUUUCAAAAAGACCGCUAUUGGAUACUACAGCCUUCACGAUAUCAACUCUUACCCUUGUGAGGGUGGUGAACCGGACAAGGUGCGCAACGCGAGCGUCUGCAUCGACGGAGCGCAUGGCCAAUCCAUCUGGAACGUGCACCUCGAAACCUGGGAAACUGAGGCGGAGUUCUGGAAGUUGUACCAGACCAAAUACGUGACUUUGGUCAACAAGGCGCGCGCCUUUCUUCGAAACCACACCAAACGACUCGCAGAAACUCCUGGCGGUCCUCCGCCCAAGGCUGCUAUCUUCAUCUCGGCUGGAUUUGAUGCAAGCGAGUGGGAAAGCACUGGGAUGCAGCGCCACAAGGUCAAUGUUCCAACCGAGUUCUACGCCAGGUUCACCGCCGACGUGGUCCGCAUGUCGCAGGAAGAAGGGCUCGGCGUUGAUGGGCGCGUCAUCAGUGUUCUGGAAGGCGGCUACAGUGAUCGAGCUCUGACCAGCGGAGUGCUCAGUCAUUUGGCUGGGCUGGGGGAUGCAAUCACACAGGAAUCAACGGACAGCCGUUUGGCAUCUGAAAUGACCGGUCGGUUGGGUAUCUCUACCACACCCCCAAAGGACACCCUGAACCAGAUUUCGGGCGAGUAUGACAGUGAAUGGUGGUCCCCAGCGUUCCUGUCCGAAUUGGAGGCUCUCAUGUCUCCGCCACCCAAGGAGAAGUCCGCCCCUACAUACUUUGCGCCCACUCGUUCAUUUUCUGCGAAAGUGGUUACUCCCAACCGGGAUCGCAGGUCCACCGGCUCUGGUUCUCAUCCAGGCUCUGACCCAAGUCUUCCACCUCUGCCGGAAGUCGGCUGGGCGACGGCGACACAUGAGUUGUCCAAGGCUCUUAUCCCAGAACACCGACAGACAAUGAGCUAUCGCCCGGAGGAGCUCAAUGCAGAAGCAUCUCGCCAACGGCGGGACCGCCAGGUCGCUUUGGAUGGUGGCGUCAACAGGUUCGCUCCAGUUCCCGAACCCCCUACGCCUUUGGAGGAUAAGCGGCAGCUUCGUUUGCGUAAAGCCAAGUCGCCAACCCCUUACUCGCCUCGACCAGCCACUCCAAGACAGCAAGCCAUGAGAAAGAACCGGAGAACCACCAUCGAUGUUAACGACUUUCCUGAUGCGUCGGGAGAGACGUCUCCUUCCGUGGAUGCCAAUCGCAGGAAGAGCACGACUGCAGCCGCUGUUGACAUGGGUGAAUUGCAAGGCACGGCUCCCACCGAGAAAUCGACCACUUCAGCCAGCCCUCGCAAGACCAGUGGCGGCUCUCGUCCCGGCACCCCAAGACGCUCUGCCAGCCCCCGAAAAGCCCCUCCAGUGCCCAAGGUGCCUGCUGUUUUCCGUCCCUCCAGGCUCGCGGAUGAGGAUACCCCUGAUGAUAUCGAUAGCCUUUCUGCAGGUGUACACAAGAUCAAACUGGUGAUGCCCUCGCCGGAGGAACAGGUUGCGCGUGAGAAGAAAGCAGCAGAGGAUCGCAAAUCCACGUCCAAAGCACCGUCAUCAUCCAAGACUCCCAAAUCUCCGCGGUCUCCGCGCAAGUCCAGUGGCGGCACCAAAGCUCCCCGCAGCAAGCCUGUUGCCGGGCCUUCUUCACUUACUCCCAGCAGCUCGCCGCCUCCUCUUCCUACCCCCACCGUGGAGAUCCCAUUGGAUAGUCUAGUGAAGCAGGAGACCAAAUCUGUUUCGUCAUCUGGCACGCCAUUUGCUUCUUCUCCGGUGCUUCCAACCGCUGGCAUGUCAGACAUAUCUGCACCUGCACCUGCAGAUCCAUCGCAGUGGACUGCUCCACAGCUCUCAACCGCAUUCGCCGCCAACUCCUCUCCUCCUCUUACCCCGGACACCAUCCAAAAUUCGGAACCUACCCAGCAGCAGCACUCCAAACGCGUCUUCUCGCCUACAAUGUCCACAACCCAAACCAAGCAUGGCCUACCCGUGUUCACUUCUAGCAGCCCCAUCCCCUUCGCCGCGCCGGCCAAUCCUGACCAGGAGCAGGCGCAACAGGAGCAGGCGCCACAAACCACCACGAUGUCUGGACAGCAGGCUUCUGCCAACCCCAAUUACGGUGGCAGCUACCCCUACCAUUCCUAA